UCCAACGGAGAUUCACACGGAUGAUCCCUGGAAUGAGUCUUACUGCAUCAAGAUGACGGCUCUUCAAGUUCACUCGAAGCUGUACAGAUCUGGGCUGCAGGCUUUCAGUACUGGAGUCAGGAAAUUCUCUCUUUCACCAAAUGGUGCGUCCCAAAGUCACUUUGAUGUAUUAGUGGUAGGAGGUGGAACAGGAGGAAUUACCAUGAGUGCUCGGCUGAAGAGAAAAGUGGGACCUGGAAAUGUUGCCAUAAUUGAACCAAAUGAGAAACAUUACUAUCAGCCCAUGUGGACUCUGGUGGGUGCUGGAGCUAAACCACUGAACAAAUCAGGGAGAUCAACAGCCAGUGUUAUCCCAUCAGGAGUCACGUGGAUCAAGUCCAGUGUUCGGGAAUUUGAUCCAGACAAAAGUCUUGUCCGUAAUGACGAUGGCACACAGGUCUCCUACAAAUACUUGAUUAUUGCUUUGGGAUUGCAGCUAGAAUAUGAAAAGAUUAAGGGACUUCCUGAGGGGUUCAAUGAUGGUAAAAUUGGCUCGAACUACUCUGUAAAUUUUGUUGAGAAAACAUGGAAAGCCUUACAGGAUUUUCGUGAGGGAAAUGCCAUUUUCACCUUUCCCAACACACCUGUUAAAUGUGCUGGGGCUCCACAGAAGAUCAUGUAUCUGUCUGAGCACUACUUCAGGAAGUUUGGGAAACGGCCAAAAGCAAAUAUCAUCUACAAUACUUCACUGCCAGUGAUCUUCGGAGUGAAGAAAUAUGCUGAUGUUCUUCUGGAGAUUGUAAAGGCCAGGAACAUUGAAGUGAAUUACAGAUUGAAUCUUAUUGAAGUUCGCACAGACAAGAAGGAAGCUGUAUUUGAAAAGUUGGACCAUCCAGGGGAAACCAAGACUUUUCAGUAUGAGAUGCUACAUGUCACUCCUCCAAUGGCACCUCCUGAUGUGAUUCAAAAAAGUCCAUUAGCGGAUGCAGGAGGCUGGCUUGAUGUAAACAAAGAUAAUCUACAACACAGGAGAUACUCUAAUGUGUUUGGUAUUGGAGACUGCACCAACCUGCCAACAUCAAAAACUGCAGCAGCAGUCGCUGCACAAUCUGCAGUCCUCAGUAAGACCAUCUCAAUGGUCAUGAAGAACGAGAAGCCAACGCAUAAGUAUGAUGGCUACACCUCGUGUCCGCUGGUUACUGGUUACAAUCGCUGUGUGUUAGCCGAGUUUGAUUAUGAAGCCCAGCCACUGGAGACCUUCCCUUUUGACCAGGGCAAGGAGAGGAGGAGCAUGUUCCACAUGAAGGCAGAUCUCAUGCCUCCUCUUUAUUGGUAUGCACUGCUCAAGGGACGUUGGGGAGGUCCAAAACUUCUGAGAACAUUGAUGCACCUCGGUAUGAAGUAAAGAUGUUCUUCAAUUGGACUGACUGUUCACCAAUCACUAAUGUCUCUCUCAUGCACUGGUACUCUCUAAACUGAACUGCAAUAACAUAUGGGUAUUCUGGCAUUUCUCUUGUCAGCUCAAAAUGAAAUUACUAAAUAGUUAUCCAAAAUAAUAAAACUCCUUCAUCUUACUGGGGCAAGACACAGGAAAUAUUUUUGUAAUUGUGCUUCUCAUCAAUAAGGUUUGUUACUUUUUUCAGCAUUGACUGUAAUUCAUGCUCUCAUUUAAUGAGCAAACACUCCUAUCAUUAACAAAACCAUCACCCGUUCUUCCGAAAGUGCUCCUUAUCUUCAUUUUUAAAAGUAAAUCAACAUACAAAAACUACCUGCUGUUCCAGAUCAUUGCCCUGAAAGUUUCUGCUGAAAAUUUAAACUUUGAUAUUAAAGCUGCAUCAUUCGGAAUGAGAACAGUCAAGAAACUGCAAUUGUUCAGAUGUUUAUUAUAGUCAGAAUUCAUUACAAUAAAGUUUUUCUACCAUUACCUGA